AUGGCUUCCUCAGAGACCUACAAUUCUACUGGAGUUGAAUAUUAUCAAAUCUCAAACUUCAAGUUCUCCAAUGGCAUCACAAAAGACAUCAAACUCGCCUACAAAUCGCUCAAUCCCACCUCUGAAAAGAAAGCACUUGUAUGCACCUGUUUCGCAGGCAUCAUAAACACCACCUUGAACUUCAGUACGGGAGCUCUCAAAGAUUACCAUGUUAUAAUCAUUGCCAUGCUCGGAAACGGAGAAUCCUCUUCUCCAUCUAACGACCCUUCAUUUCCAGCAGACUACUCGCUCAGAUAUCAAGACUGCGUAAAUGCACAAUACAUUCUCUUGACCAAACAUUUCGAAAUUAAGAGUCUGGAUGUAGUAGUAGGCUUCAGCAUGGGAGGGCAGCAAGCUUAUUACUGGGCCGUUAUUCACGGCUCCUCUCCUACGCCGUUUGUGAAAAACGCCGUGGUAAUCUGCGGCUCAGCUAAAACUUCCGGUCACAACUACGCUUUUCUUGAGGGUCCAAUAGCCGCUCUUACUACAAGCUUUGACUAUGACGGCGGGAAAUACAAGGCAAAUGGUGUGAAGCCCAGACAAGGUCUAAGAGCUUUCGGGCGAGCAUACGCUGCGUGGUUGACAUCACCAGAAUGGUUCCGGCAAGAGCUGUGGCGGAAAGUGGGUGCGGCAAGCCUAAAAGAUUGGUUAUAUCCUCCUGAAGGCAAAGCUGGACACGAGGCGUGGGAUCCGGAGGACUUGGUGACGCUGGCGCGGAUGUGGCAAGCUGGGAACAUUGGAGACGUUGGGGGCAAUGGUGAUUACAGAGAAGCACUGAAGGGGAUUGAAACUAGGGUUCUGGUAAUGCCUAGCCAGACAGAUCAGUACUUUCCCCCUGAAGAUGGAGAGAACGAGGUCAAAUUCCUGAAGAAUGGAGUUUUCGAUCCAAUUCCUACAGUUUGGGGGCAUAUAGGUGGUGCGAGUGCCAACCAAGAGGACGUGACAUGGAAAGAUGAGAGGAUACGGAAAUUUUUAACGGACGGAAAAUAG